AUGAAGCGAGCAGCUUCCCCCAUGCUAGCCUCAUCAGAGCCAUCUUCUAAACGCAGAACAGUUCUCACUGAGCUGCCUGCUCCUGGCGCAACGAAUGCAAUCGCAACAUUGCCAACAAACAAGUUUCAAUACCAGCGACAAGUCGUCUAUCAGCAGCCUACGGAGGUCGCCUGCUUCACCUAUGAUGGAGAACGUCAAGUCCACGUUAAUUCUUCAGAGGGUCUAAAGCCAUUUAUUCCUCUGGAUCUGAAACAAAAGACAUACGACCUGAGCAUAGGAUUCCCUGACGGUCUUGUUCAGCAAGCCGUGGUCGCAGAGCACUUGGAUGCGUUUGUGCAAACCUGCAACCCUUCAAAGCUGCCAAAUCCUCCAGCUAUUUGUACUUGGCGCGGAAUCAUGACCAAGCUAUGCGCAACUCCAUACAGCACGGACAAGUAUACCUUUGUUGCAACUCGAUGGAAGGGUACGGUCUAUAUAUCUGAGCUCAUAACAGCAUCAUCGAAAGGCGGCAACACAGAUAGGGACAAGAGAUUCAUGUAUUUUGGAUACAAGUUUGAACAAUAUGCUACAAGCACUGACUGGAAUAGCAUCAUCAAUACCAAUGAGCAGUAUUGCUCGAUCUUCAAGACAAAGCUGGGAGAAACGUCCUUAUUAUUGGGUGGCGAGGUGGAUUGUAUGAUGAGUCCGGAGAAGCCUACACAGUCACCUCAGACUGUAUAUGCAGAGCUGAAAACUAGCAGGAUCAUCACUGAUUUUCGAGGGAAGACGUCUUUUCACAGACACAAGCUAAUGAAAAUUUGGUUGCAGUCCUUUCUCGCUGGUGUACCUGUCGUCCUUUGUGCUUUUCGAGAUGACAACGGCCUUGUCAAGUCUGUAGAAACUUAUGAGACAAAAAAUAUACCCAGAAUGGCACGUAGUGUGCUUCAAGCAGAAUCAUGGGACGCCAACGUUUGUCUUGCUUUUGGUGAUGCUAUUCUAAAUUUGCUCAAGAAGAGUAUUACGAAAGAAGGUGAAGUGUUUGGAGUGGGUUAUGAUGGAGGCAAAGAAGUCAAGAUUUGGCCUUUGAGUGUCGAGUAUCAGUUUCUUCCAGAAUCAUUUCUGCAGAAAGAGUAA